AUGCCAGACGAGAACGAAACGCGAAGUCUACCGGAUUCGCUCUCAACGGGAGACGAUGCUCCGUCUCAGAGGGACGCGUCAUCUUACAUCGCAGGCUCGCCAGCCGCCAGCUCUGUCGGCUCCAUCUCUAUACCAGCUGCCGCAGCCGCUCGACGUCCCUCUUACCUUCUAUCCCCGCUCCGAUCCUUUUCUGGUCGUCAAGUACGGCGACUGACGUCUCAGAGCUCUAUAACGCAAGGAAGCCCUUUUGGCACGCCCAUAUCACCAGCUCCCAGUAUCAAUUUCGCGCACUCGCGGUCAUCCUCGUACUCCAGUAACCUCGCCGACUUUGGUGAGGAAGCACCGCCUGCGCCUUGGGAAGUUGUGCGAUGGACGAAACUUAAAAAAGUAUCCACGCAGAUCUUCUCUGAUGCGGGGCGGCGAAAUUUCGGUGCCGUCAGUACUAUGGCUGCUUCUGGGCUCAUUGCGGCGGGUACGACGAAGGGACUACUCCUGAUCUUCGACUUUCAUCAAACCCUCAAGUCGGUCAUCGGCGUGAACACCCGUGCGGUAGAAGCGGGUGCUGUAACGUCUGUGGCGAUAAGCGCAGACCACACUUUCGUUGCUGCCGGCCACGCAAACGGCGACAUUUUCACCUGGGAACUCCGAAAACCAGCAAAUCCGGUCCUACACAUUCCCGCUCUAAGCGCCGAAACCCUCGCAGACCGCUCCAUUGACGGACAUGUAUGUGGAUCAGCUGUACUUCAUAUAGGAUUCCUGGGUACGAGACAUAGCGCAAUUGUCAGCGCCGAUGAUACAGGCAUGGCCUUCCACCAUGCUGGAUCACGACACUACAUCUCUAACCGCGUCCGCACGACUCGCAUCCUCGGACGCUACCCAACCACCAUCCGUCCCGGAAAACCCCACAAAGCCAGCACUGUCCUCGCUUUCGGCGUCCUGCCCCUCGGAAGCGCAGAUUUCGUGACGGAUCUGAUGGGUGUGGUGGCGAUGCUUACCCCCUACAAGUUGGUUGUGGUCAGCGUGCUUCCUGACGCGAGGACCGAGUUUACUUGUAUGAAGCCGAAGAAUGGUACGGGGAUGGGGAUGAUUGUGAGUGGUACAUUGGCGUGGCAUCCCGCCAGUAAGAAGGCUGGAAUGGUUAGGGAACCCAUGUUGGCGUGUUCUUGGGGGAGUUAUGUCAUGGUGAUUCGGGUGAGCAACAAGCCUCGUCCGGAGGAUAACCCGGGCCCGCCGAUAUUGGAGUUCAAUAAGGUAAAGGAUUGGUAUGGGGAGGAGCCAAUUGUUGCGUUGCAGUGGAUGAAUCAUGGGGUCCUUUUGGCGUUGACGGUUACGCAGCGGUUACUCGUGGUUGAAGCGCUGACGGGCAGGUUAGCCGAGAAUAAUGAUCUCCUCACGAAGCAGGUAUUGCAUGCAGAUCGAUUCUCGUCGCAGUUGGAGCGUGAGUUCACGACAAGCGAGGAGGAUGGGGAUGCGCCGGGAGCAUUGGUCGCUGACGCGUAUUUCGGAAGUUUCCGGGUUUUCAAGCAACGGCUCUUUCUGCUUUGUAAUGAUAACCUGUCAGUGGGUACGUUAUUAACAUGGGCAGACCGAUUACUGGCAUUAGUCGAAGCCGGAGACUUCGUUGAAGCUAUCGCAUUGACGACUGCAUAUUACAAUGGCGAGACGGAGCAAGUCACGCUCGGACUGCCUGACGAGGAGGCGUCGCGCAAAGCUGUUGUUCAGGAAAAGUCGGUGGAACUGAUUAAGUCUUCACUUGGAUUUGCGCUGGGUCGACAGGAAUCCAGUGCUGAGCCACGUUUACUGUGGACAAAGUUGCUAAGAGAUCUUGCUCUUGCGUCUUUCGAUGCCUGUCUCGGCAUGCAACAGGAGUCUCUUUUAUUCGAUACCGUUUUCGAUUAUUAUGAGGACGCAGGGCAGGCAUCUAUCUUCAUUGAUGUGUUGGAGCCCUAUGUUCUCGGCGAAAAAAUACGCGAUGUGCCGCCCGCUGUUGUGAACGAGAUCAUAAGGCACUUCACAGAACAGCGCCUUCCGCUGCGGUUAGAGACGUUGAUCUGUCACAUACAGCCCAACUCACUCGACAUUCAUCGCAUAACGGGUAUCUGCAAGCAAUAUAGCUUGUAUGACGCGCUGGUGUAUGUCCAUACACAGGCGUUAGAGGACUACGUCUCCCCCCUGGUUGAGUUUGUGGGCCUGAGUAAUAAGUUCCUGCUGAAAUCGCAGAGAAGAACGGAAGCGGUUGAUGAUGUGUUUACGAAUGAUGCGCCGGAGGAUUUGGGAGCGUUGACGUUGAAUGUGGUGAAGGUGUUCCCCUAUCUCUCUUACACACUCACUGGACGGACGUAUCCUGCUGGCCGGGAUAUGUCUGAUGCAUUGGCUGCUAAGGCAAAAUCUGUGACUUAUGACUUCCUCUUCUCGGGACGCACGUUGAGUCACCCGGAUGAUAAUGGCAAGCUCAUACGGACUCUGCGUGAAGGAGAGGCAGAAUUGACCUUCCCGUAUCUCAGGUUAUUUCUUCGACUUGAUGCGACGACGUUUUUGCAAGCAAUGGAAGAGGCUUUUGAGGACAGUUUCCUCAAUGGAAGGGAUGACCGGCAAGCAGAUGAACAGUCUUUUGGGAAAAACCUUACCCGACAGUUCAUUGUCAACAUCCUCCUUGAAGUAAUGAGCUCUGGGUUUCCCCAAGAAGAUGUGGUUGCUCUACAUGUGUUCAUCGCGCGCAAUCUGCCCAAGUACCCACAGUAUCUUCUCCUAUCUGGCAGCACCAUUGCGCAAAUCUUGGUCGAUUUGUGCAGGGUGCGAGGAGAUCCAGAGAUGAUGGAGGAUUGUCAACUGGCUGUGGAACACCUCUUGUCCGUGUAUCAGCCUGCGGAUAGUGCGCGCAUGACUCAGCUCUACGAAGAAGCCGGGUUUUACCGUGUGUUGAAGACUCACUACCGGAUCGAAAAGAGGUAUGGUAAGUUGUUGGCGACGUACAUCAGAGAUGAGGAUGACGGACCGUCAGUGCUCCCUCUGGUGCAUGAAUUUUUGAGGAAGAAGAGCGUAUUGACUGCUGCGCAACGAAGGGAUGUGGAAGCUGUCGUAUUGCAGCGCAUCCAUCACUUAAUUCGUCUCGAUGGACCUGGUGUGGCACAGCUCAUCGAAAGGUUCGCGAAGCACCUGCAUGCGGACAUCGUCAAAGCCCUAGAAACAGACAAAGGCCAACAGUUUGUAUACCUCAGAACUCUCCUAGAGCCAAAGCAUCCAGACAUCAUCCCCGACGAGCACAGCGCAUUGGCUAAUGGCGACGCCAACAAGCCCAAGGAAGCAGAGUGGCUGAAUUCUAAUACGAGAAUCCUUUACAUCCAGCUGCUUUGUGACUACGAUCCAUCAGCUGUGCGGACUUACCUCAGUACCCUCAGCGAUGACGACGCGGACUGGACAGCUGUCAUUCAGUUGCUUGAAGACCGUGGAGUAGUGGACGGUGAGGUCUACCUCCUUCGCCGACAGGGCAAAUCAAAAGACGCUCUCAAACGAAUCAUAACGCAUCUCAAAACCCAGCAGUCGGAGUUGAUGCGGCUUCUCGGUACUGACGGCGACAUUAAUCCAGGGAGGAUUGGCAAUACGUUAGCAUCGGUGCAGAAGUUUGCUUUUCUUGCCAUUGGGCUAUGUGAGGAAAAUACGAAACCACAGCCGAGGGCUUAUUAUGCGAGGAAGGCCAACGCUGCCGCAAGUAAGGCUGUUUUGUUGGAUGUCGAGAGACUGUGGUUGGAUUUGCUGGGAGCUCUAUUGGACCUGACACUGCAGUUUCGGCCCUCCUCGCAGAUAACGGACAAGGCAGGAGACAACGCGGCCAACGUUCGUGACCGUGCCGCGACUAUGAUCCGUCAUCUCUUCCAACACGCAUUCACGAAUCUCUUGACCGUCACCGUCAACCCCCCUUCAACUCAACAGGCAUCCCUCCCCUCCUUCCCCCGCAUCCUCGAAGGAUUCCUCACCCAGGCCUCCUCCACCUCCCCAGACCUCUCUUCCCUCCGUGCAAUUCUCAACGAAAUCUUCUCCGCCUACGUCUACGAACGCCAACUCCUUUCCGUCGUCGACCGUCUCCUCUCAAAAGACGUCUUUGUCGACGUCUACCACGCCCGCCGUAUGCGAAAACAAGGCUGGACACCCACGAAUGCGAUGUGUGAGGCUUGUGGGGUUGGUAUGUGGGGU